AUGGCACGGCAGCAGCAGCAGCUGCUGCUGCUGUGUGCCUUGCUGUGCAUGCAGCUGCUGCAGUGUGCAAUUACGACGCAAGCUCAGCAUGACAGCAGCACCAACCGCAGCAGCAGCAGCAGCAGCAGCAGCGCGCAGGUGCAGCAUCAACAGCAAGGCGCCGCCUACAGCCCUCCCCCUGCUGCCGCCGGCAAUGAUCCCAACUUAAAAAGACUCUCUUUGGGGGUCCCCCCAGCAGCAGCAGCAGCAGGUCUGUCUGUGUGGGGUUUUGCUUCUGGUGUACAGGGAGCAGCAGCUCCUUCAGGUGUACAGGCAGCUCCUUCAGGUGUACAGGCAGCUCCUUCAGGUGUACAGACAGCUCUCUGGGCCGGCUCUGCUCCCGAAGAGGGGCCUAUGGGGACUGGGUCUGCAGCAGUGCCGCCUGCUGCUGCUGCUGCUGCUGCUCCCGCUGCUGCAGCGGCUGCGUGGGUCCCCCAGGCGCAGCAGCAGCAGCAGCAACAGCUCGUGUCGGGGCCCCAGGGGAUCUGGCAGCAGCUGCUGCUGGUGGCUGUAGAUGUGGAUGGAACUGUUCUUUACAAAAAGCUGCCAGAGGGGCCCCCGGGGGCCCCCCAGGUCCCUUGUGGGGACAGCACGGACGCGCUAUUUGCUGCUGCACGUGCUGCAGCAGCAGCAACUGCAGCAGCAGCAGAAACGGACCCCAACGCCGCUGCUGCAGCAGCAGCAGCAGCAACAGCAUCCUUCGAUGCCACAGCAGCAGAGGCUGUACGCGUCUACAGCUCCGGCUAUGCUGCUAUCAUCAACGGCUUCCUGCAGCAGCAGCAGCAGCAGCAGCAGCAUAAUCACAACCAGCAGCAGCAGCACCAGCAGCAUAAUCACAACCAGCAGCAGCAGCACCAGCACGGCCAGCAGCAGCAGGAGCAGCAGCACGACCAGGACCAGCAGCAGCAGCAGCAGCACGACCAGAACGCACAGCAGCAGCACCAGCAGCAGCCCAACCAGAACCAGCAGCAGCAGCACCAGCAGCAGCCCAACCAGAACCAGCAGCAGCAGCCGCAGCAGCAGCAGCAGCAGCUUCAGCAGCAGCAGCAGCAGCAGCACUUUUGGGGCUGCGUGUCUGGGCUGCUGCAUGCAUUAGACAAAUAUGAGCAGCAAAUGGCUUCGACGCAAAACACCAAAAAACUCCUCAAGGGAAUUCGAAAUAGCGAUAUUGACAACUUGGUUUUCUCUCCCGAAAGUCCAACUCAAACGCCACGGCCAGCAGCACUUGAGUUUCUUUUUUAA